AAGACCUGUUGUAGUACUUCAGCACAGCACUUUCGAGUUCGUGGUAGCAGGGCAUAUUCGAAGACUCUCAUCUGCGAAAGUCAAUUCUAGCUCAAAAACAUUCCUGUUGUAUUUUGUUUUGUGGUAGGCGAAACUAACUAAAAACAAAAAUGGAUGCCAUCAAGAAGAAGAUGCAGGCGAUGAAAAUCGAGAAGGAGAAUGCCUUGGAUAAAUCCGAGCAGCUCGAACAGAAACUGAGAGACGUUGAGGAAACCAAGGCAAAGAUCGAGGAGGAACUGCAGACACUCCAGAAGAAGUACACCAACCUGGAAAACGAAUUCGACCAGGUCAACGAGAAAUACAACGAGGGAACCGUAAAACUUGAGACCUCUGAAAAGAGGGUGACAGAGUGUGAAGAUGAAAUUAAGGGAUACACACGCAGAAUCCAAUUGCUAGAAGAUGACUUGGACAGAACACAACAGAAGUUGGAGGAGGCUACUCUCAAGUUGGAAGAAGCCACCAAGACCGCAGAUGAGAGUGAAAGACAAAGGAGAACGCUGGACUCACGCAGCAAGAUAGAUGAAGAUCGCAAUGAGACAUUGGAGAUGCAACUUAAAAAACUAGAACUCAUAGCUAAUGAGGCUGAAACUCGAUACGAAGAGUGUGCUCGCAAAUUGUUGGUAACAGAAGCAAGUUUAGAGAGAGCGGAAGAUCAGUUAGGUGACUGCCAGAGAAAAAUUCGCGAGUUGGAGGAUGAACAAUUGAGCUUAGGCCAGCAGGCACGAAGUUUUGAGUCAGACUUCUACAAGGCAUCUCAGAGAGAGGACAGCUACGAGGAAACCAUCCGUGACCUGACCCAGAGACUCAAGGACCGUGAGCGCCGCAUGGAAGAUGCUGAGAGGGAAAACGUGCGCCUGCGAGGCGAGGUCGAGCAUUUGGAGAAGCGUUACGAUGACCUGACUGGAGAGUAUACUGCAAUAAAGCAGGAGAUGGAGAACACUUUUGCAGAUCUUGAUAAUAUGUGAGCAUGUAACCCACUGUGUAUUCGUCAUAUAGUGUAUCAAGAUGAGUUGCUCGCAGAAAAGGAGAAAUACAAGCAGAUUAGCGAUGAGUUGGAUCAAACAUUUGCUGAAUUGGCUGGCAUGUGAGCAGCGUCCAACUAGCAGAGUUACACUCAAUUUUACACACUUCAUCUACAUUUCAACGAUGCCCUUUUUUUCGCCUUCGAAAUUGGAAAAUCUCUCUAAACAACAAACUUUUCGGACAUUAUGCUGAAGUGAUGUGAGAAAGAUCAGUUGCUUGAAAAAAAUUGUUAAGUAAAAAGUUUUGAUACAUUAAUGACUUGAACUUGCUUGAGCUUCCUAGAGUUUUGUAAAUUUAGGAGUAUGUGUGUGUGUUUUGCUGACGAAAUUAUAUUUGCCAUUAAUGGCAUUUUCUGUUUUAAGUUAUUUAUAAAGAUAUUGUUAUGGUUUGCUAUUAUACAAUAAUAUUAGGUCUAUUGUGGGUGUUUCAUAAUUCUCUUUUGUUCAGGUGAUUCAGCAAAUGAUGUUAAAAUAAUCGCUAUAUACUACUAAAUAUUAACUAAAACUUACUUCUUUAAAUAAAUCUCCUGCUUUUCCAGACAUGUAUGUAUGUAUGUAUGUAAUAAUUAAAUAUGGCCAACGUUCAGCCAAAUAUU